AAAUCUAUUUUCUUGGGCUUAUCCUUGUACUGUUGGAUUUGCCGUGAUAAUUAUUAAGCUUUUUUAAUCAAGUCGGAAGUUUCAAAAGAAGAAAAACUUAGUGAAUCAAAGGAAGUAGAAGAUCAGAACCUGAAACCAUCUUGAGAGCAUCAACUCAACAAGACCUUUAAACAUGUCUGAGUACCACAGUGAAGAAGCUGAAGCUGAAAAUAUGGAGGAUAAUGAUACUUUGGGUGCAGAUUUUGAGAAUCUUAUGUAUUCUGCUGAUACAACUGCUGAUCAAGCUCCUAACAGAAAGGACGACAUUCAGGGAAUCUCAUGGGAUAAGCUUAGUGUCACCAGAGAAGAACACACAAAAAGUAGGCUACAAUCCUAUAGAAACUAUGAAAACAUUCCAAACUCAGGCGAGGCAGCUGGGAAGGACUGUUUAAAGACUGAGAAAGGAAGCUCUUUCUAUAUGUUCAAGAAGAAUUUUAGAUCCGUAAAACCAACUAUUCUCCAUUUCCAGCUGACGGAGUUGGUGUGGGCUACAUCUAACCAUGAUGUUUACCUGAUGUCCAACCACUCUAUCACUCAUUGGUCUUCUUUAACAAGUAGUGGGGAUGAAGUUCUUGAUCUUGCUGGUCAUGUGACCCCUUCUGAGGAACAUCCUGGAAGUUUGCUGGAAGGGUUUUCGAAGACACAAGUUAGCAGUCUGGCAGUAAAAGAUGGGAUGGUUGUUGCUGGUGGGUUUUCUGGGGAACUCAUUUGCAAGCAUCUUGAUAGGCCUGGUGUGAGCUUCUGCUACCGCUUGACUUGUGAAGAAAACGCCAUAACUAAUUCGGUUAAUAUACACAAGAACUCUAGUGGUGCACUUCAUUUCAUGGUCUCAAGUAAUGACGGUGGAGUCAGAAACUUUGAUAUGGAAACUUAUCAGCUAGUCCAGCACUUCCAUUGCCCCUGGCCAGUUAAUCAUUCCUCCGUUAGUCCUGAUGGGAAACUAUUAACAAUCGUGGGAGAUGACCUGGAUGGUUUGUUGGUGGACUCAAACAACGGGGAGACGGUGGGGAAGUUAACUGGCCACUUAGACUAUUCCUUCGCAUCAGCUUGGCAUCCUGAUGGACUGACCUUUGCCACUGGGAACCAGGACAAGACCUGCCGUGUAUGGGACGUAAGGAAUCUAUCUAAAUCUGUAGCAGUCUUAAAGGGAAACCUCGGAGCCAUCCGCUCGAUCAAGUUCACCUCUGAUGGUCAGUACAUGGCCAUGGCUGAGGCGGCAGACUUUGUCCACAUUUACAACACGGACACAGGAUACAUGAAAGAGCAAGAGAUUGAUUUCUUUGGUGAGAUAUCAGGAAUCUCCUUUAGUCCUGACACUGAGUCUCUCUUCAUUGGCAUAUGGGACAGAUCAUAUGGCAGUCUUAUGGAGUUUGCUCGAGACAGGGUUUCUGGAAGUUCAGUGUGAUCUCAGAGUUCUUGGAACAUCUUCAAUAGAUUCUACCUUGAAGUUUACUCAUUUCCAGUUUAUGUUAAUGCAGUGUGCUAAGAAAAUGUUCUGCCUUGAUUGUAUUAUACAAAUUAUUUUGUAACAUUGUUAAAAAAAUAUAUGAAGCGAGACUUAUCUUUUAAUUCUAUAAA